AAGUAGAGAAUUUGUAUACCUUUUCUCGUUAUUGUCAGUUUUUUCGUCAUAUCAUUUUCUGUUUUCUUGUAGUUUGCAAUAUUACCAAGAAUAGAUUAUAUAUAUAGAUGCUGGUAUAGAUGGAUUAACAAAGAUUGGUAGCUGAGCUUCGAGUCCGUUGAUUUUGAAUAAUUUCUUAUUUUGGAUUGGAGGUAGAAAACAAUGGGCACUGGUAGUAGAUACUACAUCCACAUCAAGUGUUUCUAUUUCCUUCCAUCUUUCUAUCUUUUCACCAAUGAAAAAAGUGGUUAACGAUAAUCAAAAGAAGAGAACAUUACAAAGUCAAUUACGUAGACGCAACAAUUUGAGAUUUUAUGUCUAAUUCUGGAAAUGCAAUACUGCUGUAAACAAUAGUUAUGGCUCGUACGUACACCCAUUAUAGUGAAAUUAUAUCGUUUUGGGAGUUAACUUGGAACAUCAUUCUUUAACUUACAAACAUUCAAUUAAUCAUUAGCAGCAGUUAAUUAAAUUACGUAAUGAAUAAGCAAUAAGAUGAGCCUAAUAAUGAUCAGUUCAUCUAGUGUCCUUUUAAGCAGGUUGACAAUUGCUGUUCUACACAAAUUCAUGGAUUAAUAUUCAACUAACUCGACGCUUUUUUGUCUAUGUUCUGUUGCUGUGAAAAAAAAUGGCUAUUAUAUCAUCAACUUUUCAUAUUUUUGUUUUCCUUCUUGCAAUGGAAUCUGGUCUGAUCUGGGGUACCAAUACUAGUCCUUGCUGCGAACCAGUAGAGGCCACUGAUAAUGAUAAGAUUCAGUUUGCUCUGAACUUAGAGUUCAUGGAGGCAGAGUUUUUCCUUCGAGGAGCGCUUGGUGAGGGGCUUGAUGCCAUAAAUUCAUCUUUGGCAGAAGGUGGUCCGCCCCCAAUUGGUGGCAGGAAAGCCAAUCUUGAUCCCCUUACUCAUAGGAUAAUCGAAGAGUUUGGUUAUCAAGAAGUUGGUCAUAUCAGGGCCAUUAUUAACACAGUAGGUGGAUUUCCAAGGCCACUAAUAGAUCUCAGCCCUCAAAAUUUCGCAAAAUUAUUCAAUAAAGCAGUUGGUUUCACUCUGAAACCUUCAUUUGAUCCUUAUGCAAACUCACUUAACUAUCUCUUGGCAUCUUAUGUAAUCCCUUAUGUGGGGCUGGUAGGCUAUGUUGGCACCAUCCCAGGUCUCACCUAUUAUACCACUAGACGUUUGGCAGCUUCACUUUUGGGAGUGGAAUCUGGGCAGGAUGCAGUGAUAAGAACAUUGUUGUAUGAGAGAGGCAAAGAAGAGGUGUAUCCAUAUGGUAUAACAGUGGAAAAGUUUACAAACUAUAUAUCAACUCUUAGGAACGAGCUAGCCAUGUGUGGCAUAAAAGACGAAGGACUAAGGGUACCUAAGAAGCUUGGCGCGGAGAAUAGGACUACCAGCAACAUUCUAUCAGCCGAUGCUUAUUCACUAUCUUAUGCGCGAACACCGCCGGAGAUAUUGAGGACAGUUUAUGGAACCGGUAAUGAGUCUCGUCCCGGCGGAUUCUACCCUCAUGGUGCCAAUGGAAACAUAGCUAGGAGCUUCCUUUUCCCAGAUAAAUAUUAGGAGAAGAAGAUAACUGUAUGGAGGUCUAUUAUUAUGAAACCAUAUCACUAAUAAAUGAUAAUAAUUAAUAAUACAAUAUUUUUCUACGUGAAUUAAAUAUAAAAA